AUGGUAUCAGAGCAGGCAAUGACUGAUUCAAAUGAUCCAAAUACCACUCAAAGCAAUACAAAUACUACUCAAACCAGAAACACAAAUUCUGAUCCGUCACACCCAAGUAAUCCCUUCUACAUUGGAGCAAAUGAUAAUUCUGGGUCUUUGCUUGUUCCUCAUACACUUGACUCAAACAAUUAUCACUCAUGGGCAAGAUCCAUGAAACGAGCACUCCGAAUCAAGAAUAAACUUGGUUUUAUCGAUGGAAGCAUUUGUGAACCCACUGCUGCAGACAGUCUUCUCAUGGAACAUUGGCUUCGAUGUAAUGACAUAGUAAUUACUUGGCUACAAAACACCAUGGCGCCAGAUAUCAAGAGAAGCACUCUAUAUGCAGACACAGCUUACCAAUUGUGGAAGAAACUUGAGCAAAGAUUUGCCCAGCACAACGCACCAAGAGUCUUUGAAAUCAAACAGAACAUUGCUAAUUUAAUUUGUUCUUGUGGAGGAUUGAAAGAUGUGAUUAAUAACCAACAAAGAGACUGGGUUAUGAAAUUCUUAAUGGGGCUUAAUGAUUCUUACAAAAAUUUGAAG